AUGGCAACUGCUAUUGUUUUCAAGCCAACAUUAUCUAAAUGGUUCUCCAACAAGAGCUUCAUGCUAAGCGUCCAUCGCUUUCAUCAUCAUCGCUUUCUUCAUCACUUUCACCAUUCCAAACCUGACCUGAGCCUUCUUGUGUCUCAGACUGAAAUUACUCUUCCUUCUCCUCCUCCUCCUCCUCCUCCCAAGGAUGACUCAUGUCCCCCUGUGAGUAGUACUGUUCCUAUCCCACCCAAAGAACAAUCAGGAAAGGAUGAACUCCAAGAAAUAUUUCGUCACUUUGAUGCUGAUGGUAAUGGGUAUAUCUCAGGAUCUGAACUCAGAUCCUACCUUGCUUCCAUAGGGGAGUUCAUGUCCCCUGAGGAAGCCCAAGGUGUGAUCAAUGAUCUCGAAGCAGCAGGCGGCGACAAUUUGAUGCUGGAUUUUGACGAAUUUGUGAAGUUGAUGGAACGCGAAGGUGGGGAGGAUGAUCUGAAAAGAGCGUUUGAGAUGUUUGUGGUGGAGAAAGGUUCUGGGAACAUUACAUCAGAGGGGUUGCAGAGGAUGUUCAAUAGCCUUGGAUACAAAAUAUCAAAUGAAGAGUGCAAGACCAUCAUUCAAGCAUUCGACUGCGAUGGGGAUGGUAUGCUUGGUUUCCCUGAGUUCCAGCAGAUGAUGGCUUAAUCGCAUUACAAUGUUUGCACUUGUUCUAUGUGGUUAGAGUUAAUAUAUAUGCUGUGUGGGUUUGUGUGUGUGUGUUUGUGUGUUAGCACAUACAAAUAAGUUUACAGAC